AUGGCGUCCUCGAACGACGGGAUUGCGAGCCGCCGCCUACCUGCAGCUGACGACGCCGUCCUUCGGAGGGCAGCCCUCCCGGGCCAGCCAUCGAUGCCGCUCGAAGCCGAGCCGUCAAGCUCCCCCGCAGAGCCGUUCCCGCGCCUGUCCAUGUCGACACCGACACGCCUGCUGCUGGGAUCCGUGUCGUCGGGCAUCGUGGGAUUCACACUGGGGGCCAUGCAGGGCGGGCAGACGGCGCAGCUACGGUUCCGGGCGGAGCACGCCCACAAGAUGCCCGACACGACGACCGGGUGGUACUUUUACCACAAGUCCAAAAACUACCACGCCAUGCAGGGCGGCAUCCGCGAGGGCUUCCGCAUGGCGGCCAGGACGGGCCUCUGGAGCUUCGUCGCGCUGGGGCUCGAGAGCACGGUGGAUCGAUACCGCGGGUGCAGCGACAUGUUCUCGACGACGGUCGCGACGCUUACCGUUGCUGGCGCGUUUUCGUUGUGGCACCGAUUCUCGCUCUCGACUGCCGCGCGGACGGCCAAGCUGGGGCUGCUGUUUGGGCUCGCAUAUGGGGGUGUCCAGGACCUGGUCGGCUUAGCCCGCGGCAGACCGAUUGGGUACGUCGAGAUUGUCCGACGCCGGUUUGGGGCUGCGUCGCACAACAACAAGGACGAGCCUGCAGGACGAGGCGGCGACGACGGGGAGCGGGCCGGGCUGGCGUGA